CGGGCUGCCGCCGGUGUUUGUCUUUUUCUUCACAGGUUGCUCGUGGGGGAGAACGCUGGCCGCUGAAAUUUCUCCGCUUCCCUGGGUCGCUGAGCCACCGAAGGGCUCCCGCCGCUGCUCGAGGGUGAGGGCGAGCCGCCUCCGCCCCUCCCGCCAGAGGCGCGUCGGUCCUCCUCUUGUCCUCCGUUUCCGGCGCGCGGCUCCGCAUCAGUGUCGCGGGGCUCUGAGCCGCCAGGACCGCGAGUCUCGUCUCGGUGAGGCAGUCCCGGAGUCCCCGGCGGUUCCCGCAGUACUCGAACAUACACACUGAAGAUUGGGACAAGAUAUUUGCCUAAUUUCUGUGGCAAAACUAAAGACCUACCAUGACAAUGAAGAAAGAGACUGAAUUUGUCAUUUUCACCUAAAGAAAGAUGAUAGACAGAAAUCAAACCUGCGGUAUAGGACAGGAUUCUGUGCCCUAUAUGACUUGUCUGAUUCACAUCCUCGAAGGAUGGUUUGGUGUGGAGCAGUUGGAGGACUAUUUGAAUUUUGCAAACUAUCUCUUGUGGGUUUUUACACCACUAAUACUUUUAAUACUUCCUUACUUUACUAUCUUUCUUCUCUAUCUUACUAUUAUUUUCUUACACAUUUAUAAGAGGAAGAAUGUAUUAAAAGAAGCCUACUCUCAUAAUUUAUGGGACGGUGCAAGGAAGACGGUGGCGACUCUCUGGGACGGACACGCAGCAGUUUGGCACGGUUAUGAAGUUCACGGGAUGGAAAAAAUACCAGAAGAAGGACCAGCACUUAUAAUUUUUUAUCAUGGAGCUAUUCCCAUAGAUUUUUACUACUUCAUGGCUAAAAUUUUUAUCCAUAAAGGCAGGACUUGCCGAGUAGUAGCCGAUCACUUUGUCUUUAAAAUCCCAGGGUUUAGUUUAUUACUUGAUGUAUUUUGUGCUCUACAUGGACCAAGAGAAAAAUGUGUUGAAAUUCUGAGGAGUGGUCACUUGUUAGCUAUUUCACCAGGUGGAGUUCGAGAAGCCCUAAUUAGUGAUGAAACCUACAACAUCAUUUGGGGUAAUCGUAAAGGCUUCGCUCAGGUUGCAAUUGAUGCAAAAGUGCCCAUUAUUCCUAUGUUUACACAAAAUAUUCGAGAAGGAUUUAGAUCACUUGGAGGAACAAGGUUAUUUAGAUGGCUUUAUGAAAAAUUCCGCUAUCCAUUUGCUCCGAUGUAUGGAGGUUUUCCUGUGAAAUUACGCACCUAUUUAGGUGAGCCUAUUCCUUAUGAUCCAAAGAUAACAGCAGAAGAAUUAGCUGAAAAGGUUAGAGACAGAAGACUGAGGACAGACGGGAGGACAGGGAAGAACACACGAGGGGCAUGCUGAGGACGUCAGCCAAAGCUGUGGAGACGUGGAGAAAAGUCAAUUUGUGUGAGAGAAGCCAGCCGGCGAGGAUGUUUACACAGUAGGAAUGGCCGGUAUUAUUCAUUCCUGCAAAGAGAUCAGGGAAGAUGAGGAUGAGGAGAGCCCACUCAGCUUGCGCUUACAUCUUCAGAAAGUAUAAAACUACGCGAGAGCCAUAAAUUGAGUGGCUUCUGUUGAAUCACCUGGAAAAUGGUGUGAGUGUGUUUCGAUUAUGACUUUUAUACCAGCCGUAGGUAUGUGUAGUGUGAUUUCUUUCAAGUUUCUAAAUUGUGGUCAAAACCACAACGUUUAUUAGCCGUUUUUAAGUGUAUGCUGUAGUAGUGCCAAAUAUAUUCACGUGUGCGGCCAAUCUCCGGUCUCUAUACCCCCUGAAAACCUGCUGCCCAUUCUUUCUUUUUUCUUUUUCAUACAUACCCGUCAGCUUUUUCUUCUGGUUCCUUCACGGGCCACGCGAGAUUCUUGUUUUUCCCCCAGGUUUGUCGGGAUACAAGCGACCAAUAACAUUGUAAAAGUUUAAUGUGCAGCGUGAAGAUGCGAUACAUGUGUAUAUUGUGAAAUGAUGGCCACGGUAAGGUUAGGUGCUUCCAUCACCUAAUUGCCAUUUUGUGUGCCCGUGGUGACAGUAUUUAAGGCCUUUUCAUUAGCAACUUUCUGAUAUAUAAUACGGUAUUCAUAACUGUAGUCACUGUGCUGUACCUUAGAUCCUCAGAACUUGCUCAUCGUGUAACCAGAAGUUUGUACCCUUGACCAACAUCUCCCUCUUCCUCCACACCCUGGUAAUGCCCCUAUUCUGCUCUGCGUUUCCAUGAAUUCACCUCUUUUAGAUUCCACAUAUGCGUGGAAAUCAUACACCACUCAUCGCUUCUUCCUCCCCGCAGCCCCUGGUGACCACCAUUCUGCCUUCUAUGACUAUGAGUUUGACCGCGGUAGAAAAGGGGAAUCAUACAACGUUUGUCUUCUUGUGAUUGGCUUGUUUCACUUAGCUUAAUGUCUUCAAGGUUCAUCCAUACUACAGCACGUGACAGAAUUUCCUUCUGGUUUUUAAAGCUGAAUAACACUCCGUUGUGUGUACCACAUGUCGUAUAUUCCAUUCGUUCACCGAUGCACGUUAGGGUUGCUUCCAUUUCCUCUGCUAUUGUGAAUAGUGCCGUGGUGGAUGUGGGUGUACAAAUAUGUCUUCAAGACCCUGCUUUGAAUUCUCUUGGAUAUAUACUGAGAAGUCAGAUUGCUGGAUCAUAGGUGGAAAGAAAAAACUCCAGCUUCUCCCUCCCGGAGGGAAAAACCUAGUUCUUCCAUACUGCGUCUUUCUUUCACUUGCACAUCUCCUUUACUUUUACACAGAACAUGACUUGCGACCCUUCUGGUCACCAAAUGUGUGGAGGGAGGCUUUGCCCCCACCAAGCAAUUUUCUGACACCAGUUAGACAUCCUGUUGCUUGACUCAUUUCGGACACUGUCUACCUGGAAAUAGUAUAGAUCCCACCGGUUAAGGAAUCAGUCCCACAAGACUGCUCCCACCCCACUCCAGAUGCGAAUCACGAGUAGUGGGUCCCCAGGUAACCUGCAACUUCUGUUCAAUUUGGCUACAAAUUGGAGGUUCCCAGGACCCCUCCCAGGUUCAAUUAUUUUGAUGUAUUGGCUCACAGAACCCAGGAAUACACUUACUUACUUUACCGGUUUAUUAAAGGAUGUGAUAAAGGGUACAGACGACCAGCCAGAUAAAGAGAUACGUAGGGCAAGGAAUGGGAGGGCCUCAACUGCAGGGCCCCUGUGGAGUUAGGGCGUGCCACCCUUCCUGGUGUGGAUGUGUUCACCCGCCUGGAAUGGAAGCUCCCUGAACUCUGUACUGUUGGGAUUCUAUGGAGGCUUCCUCACAUAGGCGCGAUCGAUUGUUAACUCCGUUUCCAGCUCCUCUCCCCUCUCUGGGGCAUGAUGGAGUAGAGCUGAAAAUUCCAAGUUUCUAAUAAUAGUUUGGUCUUUCUGGUGACCUGCCCUUAUUCAGAAGACAUCCAGGAAUCCAGGAGAACAAAAGACACUUUUAUCACCCAGGAAAUUAUAAGGAUUUCAGGAGCACUGUGUCCUGACUGGAGUCAGAGACCAAAUAUUAGAACGAAAGAUGUUCAGUGCCCUUAUCGCUUUAGGACAUAGUAAGAGUUUUAGGAGCUCUGUGCCAGGAACCAGGGGUAGAGACCAAUAUAUAUUUUCUAUUAUCUCGCAGUGCGAUCAUUUUUUUUAAUUUUGGGGGGACCCUCAUCCAUACAGUUUUCUGUAGUUGGCCAUGCCAUUUUACAUCCCUACCAAUAGGGCACAAGGGUUCCAGGUUCUCUGCAUCCUCACCAACACUUGUUACUUUCUGUUUUUUGUUUUGUUUGUGAUAGCAGCCAACCUAAUGGGUGUGAGGUAAUAUGUCAUUAUAGUUUUGAUACGCGUUUCCCUGACUAGUGGUGUUGAGCACCUUUUCAUAUGCCUUGAAGAAAUGUGUGUUCAAGGUGUCGGCUCAUUUUUAAAGUCAUGUUAUUUGGAUUUUUUUUGUUGUAGAAUUGUAGAAGUUCUUUAUUCUGGAUGUCCUCUUUAUAUAUGAUGUGCAAAUGUUUUCCCUCAUCCUGUAGGUUCCUUUUCACCCGGUUGGUCGUUCCUUUUUAUGUACAGAAGUUUUUGAGUUUGAUGGAGCCCUGUUUGUCUAUUUGUGCUUUUGUUGCCUGUGCUUUUGGUGUCAUAUUCAAGAAAUGGUUGCCAAAUCCAGUGUUACGAAGCUUUCCGUCCUAUAUUUUCUCCUAGAAGGUUUAUAGUUUUAAGUCUUAUGUUUAGGUCUUUAAUCCAUUUCGAGGUCAUUUUUGCUUAUGAUGUAAGAUAAGGUUCAACUUUCUUCCUUCUACUGUGGGUGUCUAGAUUCCCCACCACUGUUUGUUGAAGAGACUGCCUUCCCCCCGAUGUAUGGUCUUCGCACCCUUGUCGAGGAUCAUUUGCCUUACGUGCAAAUGUUUAUUUUUGUGUUGUCUGUUUUAUUCCAUUGGUCUAUAUGUUUGUCUUUAUACCAGUACCACACUGUUUUCAUUACUGUAGCUUUGUAGUAUGUUCUGAAAUGGGGAAGUAUGAAGCCUACAACUUUGUUCUUCUAUUGGCUACUUAGGGUCCUUUGAAAUUGCAAAUGAAUGCUGCUGGGAUUUUGAUAGGGAUUGCCUUGAAUCUGUAGAUCACCUUGGAUAAUAUGGACAUCUUAACAAUAUUAAAUCUUUUAAUCCAUGAACACAGGAGGUCUUUCUAUGUAUUUGUCUCUUUAAUUUCUUUCAGCAGUGUUUUAUAAUUUUCAAUGUGUAAGACUUUCUCUUCCUCAGUUAAGUUUAUUUCUAAGUAUUUUACUCUUUUUGAUGCGUUUAUAAACAGGAUUGGUUUUUUUUUUUUCAGAUUGUUCAUUGGUAGUGUAUACAAUUUUUGUGUUGUGUGUGGAUUUUAUAUCCUGCAAUUUUGCUGAAUUUGUUUAUUAGUUGUGUUUGUGAAAUCUUUAGGGUUUCCUAUAUAUAAAAUCAUGUCAUCUGUGAACAGAGGUAAUUUUACUUUUCCUUCUAUGCAUAAGUCUGAUUUAAUCCUAUAGAGCAGGACUUAUUACUGCCCUUUACACAUAAGAAAACUGGAUAAUUUAGUUAGUUUUGCUAGGGUGUGCUGUGCUAACAACCAGCCAGUCUCAGAGGCUAAGACAGGAAAGCUUACUUCUUGUUUAUGUUAUAUUUCCCCUGAGGUCCCUGUCCUCCUUCUCCUGGAGUCAGGAUUCAGGUGGGAUGUUGCCGUGGUAAAAAGAAAAUGUCAGGCACCGAGGUGGCUCAGGCGGUUAAGCAUCUGACUCUUGAUUUCAGCUCAAAUCAAGGUCUGAUGGUUUUGUGAGAUCGAGGCCAGCCUCAUGGCUCCAUGCUGACAGAGUGGACCUUGCUCGGGAUUCUCUCGCGCUCUCUCUGUCUCUCUCUCUCUCCCCCCCCCUCCCCCUCCCCCCUCUCUCUCAAUAAACAAACUUUAAAAAUGUCAGGAGUGAAACUUUUUAAAGCUUCUGUUUGCAGGUGGCUCACUUACUCCCACUGACAUUUUAUUUUAUUUCUAUUUUUAUUUAUUUAUUUUUAAAUGUUUAUUUAGUUUUGAGAGCGAGAGAGCGAGCAGGGGAAGGGCCGAGAGAGAGGCAGACAGAGGAUCUGAAGCAAGUUCUGCGAUGACAGCAGAGAGCCUGAUGCGGGGCCCAUACUCACAAACCGCAAGAUCAUGACCUGAGCCAAAAUCAAGAGUCAGACACUUAACCGACCGAGCCACCCAGCUGCCCACUGACGUUUUAUUGGCCAGUGCUGUCACAUGGCCACCGUGGACUUCACGGGGACAGGAUCUGUAUUCCUCCCAUAGGAUGAUCCAAAAGAGAGAGGCCUGGUAGGCAGAGAGAGUGAGUAACUAUAAUCUGCUCUACCAUAUUGGGACUCAGCCAGACCAGACACUUAGAAAAGAAUGUACAGUUGAAACAACGAUAAUGUUACAUUAGAUGAGACCGUUCAAAUCAAGCAGCUGACAUGUAGGAAGUUUCACAAAGGUUAAUAGUAAAGAAACAUUAUGCGCCCUUGUCUUUGCUUACGUGUCUCUGAACUUCAUUCUUAGAAAACUUACCUCUGGGGCGCCUGGGUGGCUCCGUCGGUUAAGUGUCCGACUUCAGCUCAGGUCAUGAUCUCACAGUCGUGGGUUCGAGCCCUGCCUCGGGCUCUGGGCUGACAGCUCGGAGCCUGGAGCCUGCUUCGGAUGCUGCGUCUCCUUCUCUCUCUGCCCCUCCCCUUUCUCUCAAAAAUAAAUAAACGUUAAAAAAAAAAACAACAAUCAAAACACAGAAAACUUACCUUCAGUUAUGCUGCUGGCUCAUUAAAUAUACUCAGCACUUACUACCCUCCUUCAUCCUGAAGACAAAGCUCCGUGACACUGGCUUUUAGAGUCAGCACAUGCUGUCCGUGCGACAUGACUCUUGUCUCAUCCCGCGGCGAUGCCUUACCGAUGAGGCUCCGGGAGCCUGACGCCAGGGUGAGGCCUUACCCACUGACGUUGCUUCUGCCCAUGUGCACUUUAUCAUUAACACAUUUCUGUGCUGCCCCCGACCUAUGUGUUCUCCUGUAGGAUAUGUGAAUUCUGUGUUGUUCUUUUACAACUUUUUCCAGAUUUAAGUGGCUCAGAGCCAGUUAGGAACCCCUUUUACAAAUACCAUGUAUUUUUAUGCACAAAAUAGAAGGUAACAGAAAAAGAGCAGGAAAAGCCUGGCAUGGAAGAUUAGGGACCUGGGUUAUGAUCGUCACCCGUGUUACUCACCACCAAUCCUACCACUAGGCAGCAGCAUCACUUUAGAGAAAUACGUUCUUCCCCAGACCCCGAUUUCCUUAUUUGUAGAGCAGAGAAAUUGAACUAAAUGCUCUUCGGCAUUUCUUUCAGGUCUCAAAUCAAGUGAACCCUGUUCCCUUAUUUUCCUCAGUUAAGGAAAGUAUAUUCUGAUAGUUAAACUCCAGGGCCUUGAUUUUUCAUAUGAGAGCAGGACUCACAUUCGUGUCACUGGUAGGGUUAGGUAUAUUAUAUAGUAAAACAGAUAAAUAUAAUAAAAACUUACCAGUUUAAGUAAGGAAGAAAAGGCCUUUCUGAAUCAUCGAAAUACCUCAGUUAUCAUCUCCAGUUGCUUUAUGCGCUUUGUUUUCAGUGCCUAAAGUAACAAGUAGUCUACCAAGGCAUCGUAGAAUUUCUUGGGGGAAUUUACUUAAGUACAUAGUUGCUGUAUUCAUAUUUUGGAUUGUAAGUUGUCAUUAUUGAACUAAAGUAUACUGCAAAUAAAGAACACUUAAAAUUUUCCUUUUGUAAUACAUUGUCAUGAUUUUCCAGUCUUCAUUGUUAAUAAUAUAAGCAUAAACUAUAGGAUAAUCAUCCCUGAAUCAUCACAAAUUCAAAAUUACUAGCAUCCAAAUUAAUGUAGAAAUGAAACCUCAUUUAAAAAAUGGGUGAUAGAUUGUUCCGGCAUUUGAUUGCGGAGAACCAUUUUGUAAGCACUAUCUAAAUCUAAAUUAAAAUACACUAUGCUAAUGCUGAAGAGGGCACUUGGGAUAUUUCCUGAAAGUUCUCUCAGUCUUAAUCUCUCUAUUGUUCUGUUUCUGUGUUUACAGUGUCUGUUUCUGUCUGUCUCUUUAACUCUCUCUCUCUAGUCUCAUGCGCACAUACACACAUAGAAAUAUGGGUUUAUUUAUAUCUACACGCAUAUAUCGUAUACAUGUGUCAUAAAGGUGUAAAGAAGACGGAGGGAAGUGGAUAAUGUGAGUGGUAUUUGGGAGGUAAAAUAAAUGGAUGUGCCGAUGGAUGGAUUGGCUAUUGGGAGUGAGAAGCAAGAGUUGUGAAGGAUGGCUUCUAGGUUUGGGCUUGCUUGGCUAGGUUUAUGGUAGUGUCGUUUGCUGAAACAGGGAAGGAACUAAGGGAAGGACAAAGUAUGAGGUGCCUUUAAAACACUCAAGACCAUUCCUGUCUGAAGCUGAGCGGGCUGGAGGUGAAUGUUUAGGAGUCAUCAGCAAAUGAAAGGUAAUUAAAGUUGUGGAAAGGGGAAAGAUUACUGAACCUUUGAAGCAUAAGUCAGUGGCAGAUUUGGGGACUGUAAAUCUGCAAGGAAGAUUGAAAAGGAGCAGCCUGAAAGUUAGAAGAAAACCUAGGUUUUCCUCCAGUAUGAGAAUUCCAGAAGCAAGAUCAGGGGAGAUUGAGAGGUCAAGUGAGAUUAAAAGAAUGUCACUGACUGGAGCACCGUGGUGGCUCAGUCAGUUAAGCAUCCGACUCUUUUUUGGCUCAGGCCGUUGAUCUCACCUGAGUCGGGCUCCGCACUGUCAGCGCGGAGCCCGCUUGGGAUUCUCGCGCUCUCCCUCUCUCUCUCUGCCCCUUCCCCCCACUGGCACGCACACUCACACUCUCUCGAAAUAAAUAAAUAAACUUAAAAACAAAAAUGUCAUCGGGUUUGGUGACAGAAGAGUAUCACUGGUGAUUUUGCAAGAGUUGUAUUUUCUUAAUGCAUUGCCCCGAUAUUUCUCCACCCCAAACCCUUCCUUGACGCUUCAGUUCAUAUUAAACAAAGUCUAUACAUUCUCACUUGGUGUUUGACAGCCUCAUGAUUUAACUGAAUUAUAAUUUUAGAGCCUUCUACCACCCGGCUUCAGAACACAUACCUGAAAGUCCAGCCAAGCUCCCUAACCCACCCGUCCUUAGCCAGUUGCUUUCCUGGGGUCUUUUGCUUCCUGCUCUUGUCUCCACUGUCACUGAAAUCUCACUGGUCCUUGGAGACCCAGGCCAAACAGUACCUUGUUCGUGUGUCCUUCCCUGUCACUGCCCACCAAAUAAAUGGGCUGUCGUCUGAACUUCUAGAUACUUUCUUUUCACAUCUCAGGUGGUAGAUACAGCUUACAAAUGAUCUUCGUUGUUGUUGUUUUUUUUUUAAUCUUUUUUUUUUUUUUUUUAAUGUUUUAUUUUUGAGAAACAGAGAGAGACAGAGUGUGAGUGGGGCAGGUCAGACAGAGAGGGAGACACAGAAUUCGAA